UUUACACACAAAAACUACUAGUUAUAGGUAAAUUUCUUGAAAUUUUAACUAAAUUUAUAAAUUUAUAUUCUUAUGAAAACAUAUAUGAAUAUACCACCCUAAUAAUUUUGGUGCCCUAAUUUUUUUGGGCCCCGAACGUUUGCCAGCCCGCACUAGGCAUGGGCCAAGCCCUGCCCAAUAACAACCUGACAUGUUAACGGGUUGAUCAAAAACUUGUUAUUUUCGUUUCAGUUUGUGUCAAAUUAACAUAUUGUAUAAAAAAUUGUCAGUACUAGUCACAGUCAACCCAGCUUGAUAGUGACGGAAGGACCCAGGAGGAGCUGUGGUCUAAUAUUCAACUCCUUACCUAAUCACCAUCAUGAAAUUCUCCCCUUCACAUUUGUAGGCCAAGUUUGCACGUAAUCCUAAAAAGCCUUGAACCCUGCUUUUUCAAGCCCUGAACCCUGCUUUUUCAUCUGCUCUGUAUUUCUUCAAAGACAGCAUGGAGCAUUCCUGUAGUACUCAUGGUAGGCUUAUUUUGUUUACGUUCUUUCGCGGGCUUGUUCUUUUGUUAUGCAUGAGCACACAUGUGGAUGCCGCAAUUCUGCCCGGAAAUGAAACCGAUCGUUUGGCACUGCUAGACUUCAAGGACAGGAUAACUCAAGAUCCUCUCAAUGUCAUGAGCUCGUGGAACGAUUCCACUGAUUUCUGCAGUUGGGUUGGAGUUACAUGCAACCCUUCCACCAAAAGAGUUUCGAUUUUGAAACUCAACUCCCGAGAACUGGCAGGCUCUAUACCAGCUUCUAUAGGAAACCUCACCUACCUGACAGGAAUCAACCUAACAAACAACGGCUUCCAUGGUGAAAUUCCUCAAGAAAUGGGUCGUCUACGAAGCCUGCAAUAUCUCAACCUAUCUGGAAAUUCAUUCAGAGGGAAGCUUCCAGCUAAUAUAUCUCACUGCACAGAGUUAAGCGGGCUCGAUGUGCGCUCCAAUGAGCUUAUCGGGUCAAUUCCGAACGAAUUCAGUUCCUUGUUGAAAUUGACUUACCUUUUGCUUGCUAGUAACAAUCUCACAGGAAGCAUCCCGAAAUGGAUAGGAAACUUUUCUGCUUUGUAUAGUAUUUACCUUCUCGGCAAUAAUUUUCACGGAAGCAUACCAAAUGAGCUUGGUCGUCUAAAAGGCUUGCAAGUGCUGACGCUUUCCGAGAAUAAUUUGUCUGGUAUGGUCCCUCCUUCAAUUUAUAAUAUUUCUUCUUUAAGGAGGUAUGCAGUCACUCUAAACCAACUGCAAGGCGAGCUACCUCCAAAUAUCGGUACUACUCUUCCAAAUCUUGAAGUAUUUUACGGUCAUUCAAACAAUUUCACUGGUAAUUUUCCUAUCUCCUUGUCAAAUGCUUCUAGACUUUCGGGUAUUGAUUUUUCUACCAAUGUCUUCACUGGGACAAUCCCUGCAAGUUUUGGGAACUUGAAAAACUUAGUUAAACUAAACUUAGCCGGCAAUUUACUAGGAAGUGGGAAAACUGGUGACCUGAAUUUUCUUAGCUCCUUGGCCAAUUGUACUAUCUUGGAGAUUUUGGGUAUUUCCAAUAAUCAAUUUGGAGGAGAAUUGCCAAGAUCCAUAGCCAACCUUUCUACUAGUCUUCAAAUUCUUGCUGUAGGUGGCACUUUGAUACAUGGAACCAUCCCUAUCGGUAUUGGAAAUCUUAUAAACUUGACUGUUUUGGGAGCGGGUCAUAGCUUUUUGAGUGGUAAUCUACCCGAUGAAAUUGGAAAGCUUCAGAAGUUAGGGGAACUGUAUUUGAGUGAUAGCAUGUUUUCGGGUCGAAUCCCAUCCUCCCUUGGAAACUUGACUUCAUUGACAAGGCUCUACAUGCACCAGAAUAGUUUUGAAGGAAGCAUUCCUCCAACUCUUGCAAACUGCCAUACUCUAUUAGUACUUAAUCUUUCUGGUAACAACAUAACAGGAGCCAUACCUAGAGAGCUUAUUGGGCUCUCGUCCCUUUCAAUCUAUUUCGGCCUGGCUAACAACCAUUUAACUGGUGCACUGCCACAGGAAGUAGGUAAAUUGGCCAAUCUCGUGGAGCUAGAUGUAUCAGGAAAUCAGUUAUCAGGUGAUAUUCCAAGUGCCCUAGGCAAUUGUAUUAUGUUGGAGCGCCUAUGCUUGGCAGAUAACAAAUUUGAUGGAACAAUUCCUGAAUCUCUUAAUAGUUUAAGAAGCUUAGAAGAGAUGGAUAUUUCGAGCAAUAAUUUUUCUGGGCAGAUUCCUGAAUUUAUAGGCAAGUUAAAAUUUCUCAAGAAUCUCAAUGUUUCUAAUAAUAAUUUCGAGGGUGAACUGCCUAAAGAAGGGAUUUUUCUAAAUGCAAGUGGUCUCUCAAUUCUCGGAAAUGGUGGGCUUUGUGGUGGCAUCCCACAACUAAGUCUACCUCCAUGCUCCAACUCAAAGGCUCAUUCAUCUCGAGGACUGCUUGCCCCAAAAGUAGUCAUCCCUGUAGCUUGUGCGCUUGCAUUCAUAAUUGCUCUGUCAUACUUCAUUGUUGCUCGUUUAAGACGUAAACCUGUAACUUCACCUUCCCAUAAGGAUUGGAAAAUGGGUGUCUCUUACUUGGAACUUGUUGAAUCAACUAAUGGGUUCUCCAUGGACAAUCUUAUUGGUACGGGAAGUUUUGGUUCAGUUUACAAAGGCAUAAUCCCUAGUGAUGGAACUGUAGUUGCAGUUAAGGUAUUGAACCUUCAACAAGAAGGAGCUUCCAGGAGUUUCAUCCGUGAAUGUAAUGCUUUAAGAAGUAUUAGGCACCGUAAUCUUCUCAAGAUCAUAACUGCCUGCUCAAGCAUUGACAAUCAGGGCAAUGACUUCAAAAGUUUAGUUUUUGAGUACAUGGUAAAUGGAAGUCUUGAUGCGUGGCUGCAUCCAAUAGAUAAGCAAUCUCAAAGUAAGAGAUUGAGCCUUAGACAAAGACUCAAUAUUGCAAUUGAUAUUGCUUCAGCAUUGGAUUACCUCCACCACCAUUGCGAUACAUCGAUUGUUCAUUGUGAUCUAAAGCCAAGUAAUGUUCUACUUGAUGAAGAUAUGGUGGCUCAUGUUGCUGACUUUGGUUUAGCAAGGUUCCUCUUGGAAGCGGCGGAUAACCCCUCUCAAAGUCAAACCAUGUCAGCUGGGCUAAGGGGUUCCAUUGGCUACAUUCCUCCAGAGUAUGGCAUGGGAGGCGAAGUAACCAUACUAGGAGAUGUUUAUAGCUUUGGGAUACUGUUGCUAGAAAUGUUCACGGGAAAAAGACCUACCGAUGGAAUGCUUGGAGAUGGUAUAAGUAUUCGCAAUUUCACAGCCUUGGCAAUGCCUGAUCAUGCCAUGGACAUAGUUGAUCCUUCAUUGCUCAUUGAAGGAGAAGAUGCAGAUGCUAAUGAUGACAAAUACAAAAAUGAGAUAGAAGAAAAACCUAUUACAAAUUGUCAUGACCACGGCCGAGUCCAAGGAAGAAAAUUGGAGGAAUGUUUGGUUUCAAUGAUGCAGAUAGGACUCGCAUGCUCUGCAAUAUCCCCGGGAGAGCGGAUGCAUAUGAAUGUUGUUAUCAACAAAAUGAAGGCAAUUAGAGACUCAUUUAUGAAAUUAUGAAGACGAAGCUAGCAGUAUACGAGAUUGGGCUAAGUUUCUUUUCUUAAUCUCACUCUUUAGACUCUUAUAUAUGCCAGAACAUAAUUUGCCAAAGAUAGUAUAUGUACCAAUGUGUGUUGUAUGUAAAGUUGAUUUAGUAUUUUAUAAUUAUAUUGUAGAAUAAGGGAAUAUUGUUUUGUUCUGUUUACGCUUUCUCUGUUUGUAUCGUAUUACUACUAGAGAAGAGCCAGGUCGAGUAUAAUUUUUGUGAAAGUCAUGUGAUCCCCCUUGUCUAGCCUUUU